AUGGUCUUGUUUUGGAAUCGAGUGAGUGGAUCCCAUAAGAGCGACAAGGCUCAGCACAAGAGUCCAGGUCUCCGUUCCGGGCCGGCCGAAGGGAACACAACCUCGGGGCGGAAGACGGCGGAAAAGCACCGCCCGAGGAGCCGACGGCUGGUGGCGGAAAAGCGCGACAAACACCCACCCCGGCCUUUCGCGUUUUUGCGCCUUGCCCCGCUCCCGACCGACCGCCCAGCCAACCGCCCCGAGCGCCGGACCAUGGGCGACGGCGAGGGGAAACGGGCCCGGUUUGAGUGGGAGAGGGGGUCGUGUCGCGGCUGGCUGGCUGGUCUCUUUCCACCUUCUUCCCGACCGCGAUUCCCGUCUUCGAAUCCCCUCAGGCGGUCCGAGCGAAACGGUGCACAAAUGACUCCCCCCUCCGCCGCCCGUCCUUGGCCUCUCGCCUUUCGGUCCGUCGCUCCUCGUGUUCCGGUGCGAGUGCAAAAAGAGCCGAGUCAUUUCUUGUCGCUGGAGGGCGAAGAAAGCACCUCUCCGUCGCCGAAAAAACACACACCGCCCGAGGAGACAAACAAAAAAGACAAAAAAAAACAUUCCAUUCCAGCGUUCCACCGGGUCCGGGAACAACCUUAA